UUCUGCAUUAAUUGUGUAUAGUUUGUCAACUUAAAAAGAAAUCAGAAUGUUCGUCGUACGUCGUAGCGCAUCCCGCCUGUACCCCGCUGGAAUCCAGCUGGCCAAGAUGAGCGGCAGCCAGGUGGGCGACCUUGGCAGUGGCGCCGGCCGAGGAGGCGGUGGCGGCGGAGCCAUCCGCGAGGCUGGCGGCGCUUUUGGCAAGCUGGAGGCUGCCCGCGAGGAGGAGUACUUCUACAAGAAGCAAAGGGAGCAGCUGGAUCGCCUCAAGAACGACCAGAUUCACCAGGCCGAGUUCCACCACCAGCAGAUCAAGGAACACGAGGAGGCCAUUCAGCGCCACAAGGAGUUCCUCGAAAACCUGCACAAGUGAGCGAUGGGCCAGCGGGAGAAGGUGACCACACAGAUGUGCUAACUCGGGACAUUCACUUAACUGCAUUUCACUCCCUUUUGUAUUUUUUCAAGUGCUCAGCAUGUACUACUACCACCAAUUACUCAAAAAAUGUUAAAUGUAUUCGAAACCGCAUCAAUAAAAUAUCCACAUUUUAAA